GAGGUGGUGGUAUUGUUCGAUGCAGUCGGUAUCGUUAGACAGUAGUGCAAAGAUGUGGCGGUGGUUGGUAUUAUGGCAAGCUUCGGUGUUACUUGUCGGCGGAACCCUUGACUUUGGCUACUUCACGCAGAAACGGCUUUUUACGCAACCUACAGAGGUAAACUGUGCAGGAUACUCCAAAUUUAAUAUCGAUCACUUUCCUGAUCUAAUACACGCAGGUUGGCGCAGAAGUACUGAUUUAGGUGAAAAAAUGUUACAACAGCCUUCGUUAACGAAAAAAAUUUCUCGUAGAUAUAAUGAUCUUUUACCGCCGAGCGCUGAUGACAUUGUGAAAGAACAUGCUAAAUUAGUGCAGGAUAUUAACAGCUUGAAACAAGUCGUAUUUAUUGCACCAUUUCCCGAUGAUAACAGGGAUUAUGAUGAUUCCGUAUUUCAUGAAAUCAUUGAAACGACUUCUACUGUUAGACCCACAUCAACUAAACGUCCAAGAAGGCCAAUGAGACAUAGUUCUAUACCUAUUAUCUACCUAGGAGGCGCCAGUCAAAGUCACGUAGUAAAAAGUUCUCCAUUAGAGUUUCCAAGGCCCACUAUAAGUCUCAUAGGGACGACAUCAUCGCCAGCUUUACAUCCCUAUCCGUUCGUGAUGAAACCGCGAAAACCGUUUAAAUUUUGUAUACCCCCUGUACCUUUAAUUUAUACCACAACCACCCGACGGCCUUCAUUUUGGGAACGAUUCUUCAAAUCGAUAAUACCUAAAUAAAUUUGAUAUAUUAGUAAUAAUUUGUAACUGAAAAUAAGUAUGCUCGAAACCCUAGAUAAUAAAAAAAAAAUGGUGGACUCCGAUUUUCCUCUUUUUGUUCAGUUAUUAAAUUUGUAUAAAUAGUGGAUUGAUAACUGUCUACUGUCUGUUAUGAUUUAAUUUAUUUUAAGCUACAUACUUGUAUCAAAUUACUACACUAAAUUAAAAAAAAACCAUAUAAUUAAUAAACUUAGAAACCACAUAAUAAAAUUUUUGUUAAAGUUUUAGGGCAGACAGUAUUGACAAAUAAGUAUUAAAUUGUAGUAAUAAGGUGUAUGUAUUUUGUAUUUAAAUUAAAAGCUUGUUAUAAU